AGGCAGUCGGACAGUUAACAGGCACGGGAAGUUGUCCUUGAGGAAUUUCUGAAAGUAAUGGAAAAUACUGAAGUACAGGACGACCGCUGAGUAGAAUAACUAGUCUUAAUCCGAUUUUAGGCGUAGUUCUGAUCAAAGUUUUCCGGCUGAUUUUUCGACAGACACGAAGGUAACGGUAAAAUCAAUGAGUUCUGCGGACAGCCGACGUAAUAUUGGAGCAGGACGCAGUUAUGGAGGGAGAACGGCGAAAGGAUUCGUCCAGAAAGUCCAUUCUCCUCUCCCGUCCUUAAAUGAUUCAUUGGAGGGAGAAAUUCGGGCCUUCCUCACUGAUGAAGACCUACUCCACACUUAUGACGACCUCACAAAAGUCAACCCAGUGACCCCGACAACAGUGCUGAAAUGUCUACAGGCCAGGUACAGUGUGAAGGUUUUUUACACCCAUGCUGGCUGCACCUUGGUGGCUCUUAAUCCCUUCCAGCCAAUCCCAGACCUCUACACUCUGGAUGUGAUGAAGGAGUAUCACAGUGCUGUUCAGCCCCAGGACUUCAAACCACAUAUCUUUAUUGUGGCGGAAGAGGCCUACAGGAAUGUUCAGGGCCAGCUGGAGCCAGUGAACCAAUCCUUGGUGGUCAGUGGUGAGAGUGGUGCAGGAAAGACAUGGACAUCUCGUUGCCUGAUGAAAUACUACGCUACUGUGGCGGCCUCCUCCUCAGUUGUGAAGAGCCAGGACACCGUGGAGAGGAUAGAGCGGAGGGUGCUGGACUCCAACCCCAUCAUGGAAGCUUUUGGCAAUGCCUGUACGCUGCGGAACAACAACAGCAGUCGUUUUGGAAAGUAUAUCCAGCUUCAGCUAGACAGGUGUCAGCUGUUAGUGGGGGCGUCUGUGCAGACAUAUUUGCUGGAGAAGACCAGGGUGGCCUGCCAGCCGGCUAAUGAGAGAAACUUCCACAUCUUUUACCAGAUGCUAAAAGGGGCCACAGAUGAGCAGAGGAAGGAGUGGAAGAUGCCACCUGGCCAACGUUUUGUGUGGCUGCCAAAUACUGAAAAAACAGUUGAUGAGGAUUGUUUUCAUGAGACUGUCGAGGCAAUGGUUCAUCUGGGCAUUCAUUCAGAAAGGCAGAGACAGCUAUUCAGGAUAUUAGCAGGGAUUCUGCAACUGGGGAAUGUGAAUUUCUCCUCUCCAACAGAUGAAUCACAACCUUGUAACCUAGAUGAACAGUCUAAAGACUUCUUGCAGAGGGCUGCUGAGCUGCUGUGUGUCCCUGCUGAGGAGCUUCAGAUGAGUUUAAGAGUGAGGAUGUUGAAGGCGGGGAAGCAGAGCGUGCUGAAGCCCUGUUCCCAGGCAGAGUGCAGCAUGAGGAGAGACUGCCUGGCCAAGGCCAUCUACGCCCAAUUAUUUGAAUGGCUGGUUACAUUCAUCAACAACAGCAUAUGUGCAGACAAAUCCACGUGGUGCAACUUCAUAGGAGUUCUAGAUGUGUACGGGUUUGAGUGUUUCCACAUCAAUAACCUGGAGCAGCUGUGCAUCAACUACGCCAAUGAGAAACUGCAGCAGCACUUUGUGGCUCAUUAUCUCAGAGCUCAGCAGGAGGAAUAUGUGUCAGAGGGGUUGCAGUGGUCCUUUGUCAAAUACCAAGACAACCAGAGCUGUUUGGAUCUUAUAGAGGGAAGCCCUGUCAGUGUGUUUUCUAUUCUUAAUGAGGAGAGUCGUCUCAAUCGAGCUUCAGACGCAAAGACAUUCAGGGUUCGUUUGCAGAAGGAGCUCUGUGGUAAUGCCAACAUCAGCUGGGACAAGUUCAGCAAGGAGCCACACUUCGCUGUGGCCCAUUACGCCGGCAAAGUCAACUACAGGAUAGAGGGGAUGGUUGAGAAAAACAAGGACCCAGUGCCACCAGAGUUUACCAACCUGCUUCAGAAGUCUGACAACCUCCUGCUUCACCAGAUCUUCACUGACAAGGAAACCAAGAACCCAACUACCAAGGGGCUCAGUAAAGUCACAGUGGUCUCCAAGUUCAAGAACUCUCUGGAGAGCCUGAUGAGGAUCCUCCACACCACAACCCCUCACUACACUCGCUGCAUCAAACCGAACCCAGACUGCAAGCCGCUGACCUUCAAAAAGGAGGAGGUUAUCGUGCAGUUGGAGGCCUGUGGGAUUGUGGAGACUAUUCAUAUUAGUGCUGCUGGCUUUCCAAUAAGAAUUCCUUUCCAAAGCUUCAUACAACGUUAUGGACUGAUUGCAAAAUAUUCAGAUUUCAAGUCAGGCAGACAUUGUUUUGAUGUGGAGGUUGACAGCAUUGAUGUUCUUCGGCGAGCAGUGGAGAAGCUCCUCGGUGUCGUGUUACGCAAGGCGUGUGAACCCUCGCACGACCUUGAAAGUGAAAAUUCAUGGGUGCACUGUGGAAGGACUAAAGUUUUUCUCACCCAGUUGAUGCUAGAUUUGCUGGAGGAUCAGAGAAAGAAGAUCCUGUCUCAGUGUGCCUUCUCCAUUCAGUGCUGCUGGCUGCGAUACCAGCGCUGCAGACGCCACGCCCGCCAGCAGUCUGCUACUCUGAUCCAAGCAGCGGUCCGGUCCUGGCUGGUCAGGAGGCAGGUCCAGAGGUGGAACAGGGCAGCUGCAGUCAUCCAGAACACCUGGAGAAAGUGGAAGGCACUAUUGAAAUCCUUAGCUGAGGUAGAACUGGAUGAUGCAGAGGACCUUGUGGAGGAGGACGUUCCAGCAUUGAACCCUGUUAUCAGGGCGCGGGGCUCGGUGCAGCUCUCCACCAUCCAGGAGCCGGUCACGGUGCGAGGGUGGCCCAUGGGGCUGGCUCUCGCCUCGGCCCCAUCCAUCACCGUGUCUCUGACAGCCACCGGCUUCCAGAAGAUGAUGUCUGUGAUGGCCUCCCUCAACCUGCCCUCCAGGAGAGGGGGGUAUAAGGUGGAGACCAACCAGUACACGCAGGGGCUCGCCUCCAUACGGGCACAACCCAAGGGAUCUGUAAAGCUGCACUGUCAGCGAUCUCCACUUCUCUACGCUGACAGGAACCCAGACAUGAAGACUGACGUGACGGGGUUCAACGAGAUCCUGCUAGAGAAAACUCUGUAAGAGUUCCCUCAUUGCAGAACAUGCUGAUUUCACACACAGAUGAAGAAAAAGUCUCAAUAGAGCUGCUUUUGCAGUGAAGCUGCUGCUCUUCCAUAAUCUGACACAGAGGGAACAACUUGACAUUUUAAGCUGUCAUUUUGUUAAAUGUGUUUUUAUUUAAAGUGAACAUUUACAGCUGUAAUCAACUUUUUUUUAAGAAUACCAAAGUCUAUCUCACUGUUAGGCAAGGGUGCAAAAAUAAUAAAUUAAUCAAAUUCAGAAUCUCCGUCAGGAGAUUGUCCACAUUCACUAACCUGCCACAUCUGAGUGGAAUGGCAGGUUUGUGGAAUAUGUGCCAUGUGUCCCACAUAUAGAAAACAAUGAAUAUGAUGUCAUCAUUAUGUUAUUGUCAUUGGAGAAGAGACAAACUGAAUAAUUGUUUCGUCCCUGUCUGGAGAACUGAAGUGACAUGGCACAACCUAAGCACCUUUCUUAAAAGCAGUGGACUGUGGGUUUUUGUCUCAUUGUUGCCUCUUUGGAACAUGUGUCUGUUGAUCAAAGUAUUGGGCCUUUGACGAGUGCCUUUCUUAAUAUCUACCCCUCAAAUCACAAAUGUGCUGUUAGGAUAUGUAUUUAUUUAAGGCUGACUAUUUGUGUGAUUUCAUUAUUUAUUUUGGGUGUAAAAACAAAAUGGUGAUUCAGACGCACAUAUGACGUGCAAAUGUAAUGUAAAAAGUAAUAAAGCACAUAUUGCACAUUAAAACCACACACCUGCUACCGUACAGCAACAAAUAACAAGCAGACAACACUUAUGUGAAACAGGGAAAGGAUGAAUCCAGGUUUAUUCAAAUUGCUGCUCUUUGUUCGAUAAAGGGUCUUUUAUGAUAUGCACAUUUGCAAAAUGUCUGACUAAAAAAACUUUGUGGAUUUUAAUCUGCUCCAGUCCAAAGCAUUAAUGCAAGUACUGUAAACCAUUACCAAAGAACAAAUAUUUCAUUCAUAACUUUUAUAUUACUUAACACUGACGUUCAUCCUCCUAGUUUUUGCUCCAACACAUUUAUAGUUGAUAUCUUCUUUUGCUCACUAAAUAAUUCCUUUUCCAUCCAGCUAUAGAUUCAUGGAAAUGUGUGAGCCAUGGCAGUUUAAAAUUUUAAAUCUGUAUACUCUAAUUUGUAAGUGGUACCAAGGGAUCAAUGUAGAACUUGAAUUAUUGUAUGUUAAUAUAAUUGUUUUGAUGAAAUAAAUGUCAGUGUUAAAGCGUA